AACGUGGCUCUCUACGCCGAUGUCAACGGGAAGCAGUUCCCCGUCACCCGGGGGCAGGACGUGGGGCGCUAUCAGGUCUCCUGGAGCCUGGAGCACCGCAGCGCCCAGUCGGGCACCUACGAGGUGAAAUUCUUCGAUGAGGAGUCGUACAGCGCCCUGCGCAAGGCUCAGCGCAAUAACGAGGACGUCUCCCGCAUCCGGCCCCUCUUCACCGUCAACGUGGACCAUCGGGUGAGCAUCGUGCACAUCGCGCAGGACGCGCGGGUGAGCAUGGGGCAGGACGGGUUCCUCUAUUUCGCCAACGCGCUGGUGGGCGACAGCCACCCCGACUACAUCUGCCACGCCCACUACCUUGGGCCCCGCACCAUCAUCCAGAAGGAGCCCCUCGACCUCCGCGUCGCCCCCAAGGUGCCGGGGGCCGGCCGGCGGGCGGGGCGGGACGGGGCGCUGGUGCUGUCCCGCCUGGAGCCCAACGACACGCUGGUGGCCCAGUGUGAGGCCCACAACCACCACGGGCGCCUGUUGGCCAACGCCUUCAUCUACGUUGUGG